AUGAGCAAGAGAAGAUCUGAGGCCUUUAUGGCUGCGUCAAACCAUUGGAACAAGAAGCAGAAAGUGGCGGAAACAAGCAAAGAAGGUGGUGAUAACAACACUUCUCAAACAACUGAGCGCGGAAACAAAAAGGAGCAAGUACUGUCAAAGAGAAGGAGCUAUGCGUCACCUGUCAAAUUGCUAUUCAAUCCCAGCUAUCCGCAAGACGAGUUGGCCAAAGUCAACAGGGACACCGUGACUAUUGAAGAACUCGUUGGUUCAAGGGACUUGCAGGAGACAUUCCAGUUCAAUUUCAGCGUCGACUUGGCCUUUUUCCUCGGCUACUUGCAUCCUAAUUUCAUCAAGGAGCGCAGAAACAUUGUCUUUGUGACUGGUGGUCGGCUCCUUGAUCCCGAUUCUGAAGAAACUGCAAUCAUCAAGACCAAGUUCAACGUUGCUGAAGUCACUGCUGAUAUUCCAAACAGGUUUGGCACCCAUCACACGAAAAUGAUGGUUAAUUUCUACGCAGACGACAGCGUCGAGGUUGUGAUUAUGACUAGCAACAUCACCAAAUUGGAUUUCGGCGGUUUGACGCAAAUGAUGUGGCGUUCGGGGAAAUUGGACAAGGGAACAACCAAAGGCAAAAAGGGUAUCCAGUUUCAGGCUGAUUUGUUAGCUUACUUGCGCAAAUACGAUAAAUCACGCAUCGAUACACUUGCCAAUCGACUAGCAGAAUAUGAUUUUUCGCGGGUAGAUGUUGAUUUGGUUGCUUCUGCUCCUGGCAAGUACAAUUUGCAAAAUGACCACGAGACCAUACUUGGCUACGGAAGCUUAUGGCAGGCGCUACAACGAAACGAUUUAUUGUUGGACAAUAGGGACACAAAAAACACUCAUUAUAAUGUGCUUGCACAAGUGUCUGCUAUUUCGUAUCCUUUCUCGACUGAGAAAUGGGCGACUGCAGGCAUAUUCAGUCACUUGAUCUGCCCCAUGAUCUUUUCCAAAAACCAAGCUUUCCAAAUGCUAGCUCCCGGCAAGGAAAGCAUUCGAGAACAUCAACGGGAACACAACUAUUCCCCUAGUAUCGUGUUCCCCACCGUCGACGAGGUCGCGGCCAGCAACGUUGGAUUCGCCUCGGGAGGAGCCAUUCAUUUCGACUAUACCAAGUCGUUUGUUCACAAAAACUACUUUAGUCAGGCAAUAAAACCGUACUUGAAAAAAUGGGAUUCUAGCCGUGGCGAAGCAACAACAAAAACUGGUAGAGAGAAAGUAAUGCCACACGUUAAACUAUACAUGUGCGAUAAUGGUGACGAUUGGAAUAGCCUCAAGUGGUGCUACAUGGGCAGUCAUAACUUGUCAAAGCAAGCGUGGGGCAGUAGGAAAGGAAACAAAUUUGCAAACUCUAGUCCCGAUGAGUACGAAGUGAGCAGUUACGAGCUAGGUGUGUUGAUCACCCCAAAAGAAAACACGACGCUAGUUCCGAGCUAUUUGGCAGAUGAAGGGAAAGAGCCUGAUAAAACGUUUCUACGAAUGCCUUUUGCUUUACCGCCUGCAAAUUAUGGAGCAAGCGAUCUACCGUGGAGUCUACAUGUCAGUUACGGAGAUAAAAAGGACUCACAAGGACUCUCAUACGAUAUAGAUUGA